UGACAACUUCUUCGUACAGAAGAUGGAUGGUGUCGGCAAACUUGGGCUAUCAACUUUACAAAAAGUUACAUCGGCAUUUCGCAUGUUGGCGUAUGGAACAUCAGCAGAUAGUACUGACGAAUAUGUUAGGAUCGGUGAGUCAACUGCAAUUGUGUGUUUAAAGAGAUUUUGCAGAGCAAUUGUAGAAGUAUAUGGAGAUGAAUAUCUGAGGACUCCCAAUGUCGACGAUGUUUCAAGGUUAUUGCAAAAGGGCGAAGAAAGAGGUUUUCCAAGAAUGUUAGGGAGUCUAGACUGUAUGCAUUGGCAAUGGAAAAAUUGUCCAACAGCAUGGGCAGGACAAUACUCAGGUCGUCAUGGAGGUCCAACCAUUAUUCUUGAGGCAGUAGCAUCAUAUGAUCUAUGGAUAUGGCAUGCAUACUUUGGCUUACCAGGAUCCAAUAACGAUAUUAAUGUAUUGCAGUCGUCUAAUUUGUUCGACAAUCUAUCACAAGGUAUUGCUCCUCCUGCUCAUUACACAAUUCAAGGAAAAAAUUAUGAUGUCGGUUAUUAUUUGGCCGAUGGCAUAUAUCCGAAAUGGCCAACACUUGUUCAAACCAUUUCUAAUUCCGAUGAUAAAAAGAAACAAUAUUUUGCAAUGAUGCAAGAAGCAUGUCGAAAAGAUGUUGAGCGGGCAUUCGGUGUUCUCCAAUCACGAUUUGCUAUCAUCAAGGGGCCAGCCCGUUUUUGGGAUAAACGAACUCUGCAUGAUAUCAUGACUGCUUGUAUUAUAAUGCACAAUAUGAUUGUCGAAGAUGAACGCGACGAGCAAGAAGAUGUUGUCAUUUCAACUCCACAAUCAAUUCCGAAUGCUGAAAAUAUGGAGAUAACGGAAACUGAACGAUUCCAACGGUUUCUUGCUCGACAUAAGAGGUUGAAAAACAAAGAAGCUCAUUUUGCACUUCGAAAUGCAUUGAUUGAACAUUUGUGGGAAAGACAUGGAAAUGAAGCUAUGUAA